AUGGCCGCGCUCGUGAAGUUAUUGAUCGUCCUGUGCACUGCUGUUGCAGCCUCUGGGCAUGGCCUGGGACCCACGGAUGUUGAAUUCCAUUUGUUCCACAGGGGGAGCCCGACGGUGAGCGAGCCUUUGCUGCCCACACAAAACUCACUGCUGCAAUCCUCAAUCUCUAUCUUACGGCCCACUGUAAUAACUAUCCAUAACUAUGGCGAAAAGGUUUUUGGAAAUUUCAAUGCCUUUGUUGUUCCUGCGCACUUGUUUGCUGAAGACGUCAACUUGAUUGCUGUCGGCUGGAGUGCCGGCUCUGAAUUGUACUCGCAGGGUCUCGCUAAUGCUGUGGAGUGUGGAGAGCGCAUCGCAUAUUUCAUCGAUUUUUUGGCCGGCUUGGCCAAUUACGGUCCAGAAAACUAUCGUAUUGUAGGUGUCGGUCUUGGUGGACAUAUUGCCGGUAUUGCUGCUUCACACGUUCAUUGGGGUAGGAUUCGUCAUAUUGUUGCUAUCGAUCCUUCCCUCAUCGGCUGGACUCACAACCCUCACAUUCUGAGCGCCGACAAAGCUACUGUAGUAGAGGUUCUCCACGGUACCGCUGGUGUCCUCGGCUACGACUACCCCUUGGGAGACCUUGACUUUUACCCCAACGGUGGUACCUAUCAAACUGGUUGCGGUAUUGAUAUCUCUUGCUCCCACAUUUUGAGUUACGCCUUCUAUGCUGAGUCUCUAACUGCUGUGGGUGGUAGCCAAUUUGUUGCUACAGCUUGUGAGAGUUACGAGGAAGCUGUUGCUCAAACAUGCUCUGGAGAUAAGGGAGUAGUUUUCGGUGGCAUCGGAGAUAAGACCGGUCAAUCCGGUAUCUAUUCGUUCCAGACUAACUUCGUGCCUCCGUUCGCUCAGGGCUAA